UCAUUUCGACUACGUGCGGUAGAAGUUUACUUUGUUGUUGUCACUGUGUUCUGUACAGUAGGAGCAAGACGGCCUGUUUCCAGUGUAUGACGUUGGAAUUUGUGCUUUUGUAACUUUUAUUUCGUUUAGAAAGGCACUCUUGCGAUAUGAAGGCUGGCGCUUAUGAGUAUGAAGAAGAUGAGAAGGUUAUUGCCAACAAGAAAAGCAAUGGUUUGCCGAUAUGGGGGAAUGAGAAGUCCAUGAAUCUUAAUCCUCUAAUAUUAACAAAUAUUCAGUCAUCACAGUAUUUCAAAGUGAAUUUAUAUCAGCUGAAGACAUACCAUGAAGUCAUUGAUGAGAUUUACUAUAAUGUGAGUCAUUUGGAACCUUGGGAAAAAGGGAGUCGCAAAACUUCAGGGCAGACUGGCAUGUGUGGUGGGGUCAGAGGUGUUGGUGCAGGAGGUAUUGUGUCUACAGCAUUUUGUAUUUUGUAUAAGCUGUAUACACUUCGUUUAUCACGCAAGCAAGUGACUGGCCUCCUUAAUCAUGGGGAUUCUCCAUAUAUUCGUGGUUUAGGAUUUAUGUAUAUCAGGUACACUCAACCACCAGCCGAUUUGUGGGAUUGGUUUGAGCCCUACAUAGAUGAUGAGGAGGAAAUAGAUGUACGAGCUGGAGGAGGGCAGACAACCACCAUUGGUCAAGUAGUGCGACACAUGCUGUCCAAGUUGGACUGGUACUCCACACUUUUCCCACGCAUCCCUGUACCUAUUCAGAAAGAUAUAGAGAAGAAGCUGGCAGAGCGCAUUGCCAGUAAACCACAGAACCCUACUGUGGGAGCAUAUUCAGCACAGGGAAAAAAUGAGCGGUAUGGUCAAGGUGGUGAUGAACAAGCAAACCGACCAGAUCGGGAAUAUGCAUCUAGAGACCAUGAAUAUGAAAAAGAUCGCCAGAAAAAUAGAGAACGAGAUUAUGAUCGGGAUAGAGGGAGAGAGAAAGAGAAAAGCCACGAUAAAGAAAGGGACAGGGAACCCGAAAGAAAGCGAGAAAGGUCAGGUGAGCGAUCCAGAGAUUAUCCCAGGGAACGGAAUGGAGAUUAUGACCGCCACCGAGACCGCUACAGGGAACGAGACAGGGAACAUGAUCGCCAUAGAAACAGGGACAAGGACAGGAAGAAAAGUAGAAGUCGAAGCCGUGAAAGGAAGCAUCGCCACCAUGGCGAUAGACAUAUUGAUGACAGAAGCCACCGAGACUUUGCCGAUUUACUGGAACGUGAGAAACACCGUAUUAAGAAGGAAAGAAAACGAGAUACCAGCCGGGAACGACACCAUCGGAGCCGUUCUCAUGACCGAGAUCGAAAGCACAGGUAUUAAGUUGCACUGUCAAGUUCUGGACCUGAGUGUUUUUUAAAUAAAAGCAUCCUUCUUGAGUUUAUUGUAGGAAGACUUGCAAGAGUAAUUGAUAAUAGGUACUGUAUAGUAUUUAGGUUGAUUUCUUCCUAAAUUAUGACUGUAUAUAAUUUAUAAUUCCAUACAUAUAAAUACCUUAGAAUGAGCUAGCCGAAAUUCAUUUUGCCAUUUAUAUACUGGAAUGAAUAGGCUGUAAGGUUUUUUUAUUUGGUAAAUCGCUCUCUGCUAUCCAAUCCCCAUUUACACAUGCAGACUACAGCAUUGUGUAUAAUAUACACAACUGAGAAUACAAGUACCAUGUAAGUGCUUGUUAUGAUCAAACUAGUGCCUAUCCCAGAUGGUAGUGGAUUUUACUUCAUUAUAUAUACAAUAUAUUUAUAUAUCAUUUUAGUAUCAUUAUCUUACUGUUAGGAAUACUUGAAAUUUAAGUUUUCUAACUUGUUGAUAUUGUCUGAAAUGAAGACAUUAGGUUUGUAUGUCUACUUUCAUUUUGGCGUAACAGAGCCGAAACAUAAAAUUUUUUUUAUUUAGUAGUGAGUCAUUGUUUACUGUACAUCUUCACAUAGAAGAUAAUUCUCUAUGAUUUAACUAAUAUCAGGGUGAUGAGUUAGGCAACAUGUAUUAGUACAAGAUAAAUAGGCACUAUUUUAUAUUAAUACCAUAUGUAAUUUAUGGUGAAUUAAAUAUAAGACAUUCUAUUUUUGACUGCACAUUUCGUUUUUGGAAAAAAAUACUGUUGAAUUUUAUUGCAAAUAUUUUUUGUAGAAUUCAUGUAUUGCAAAUGAUAAAUGAAUGUUUAGUCCAAGGUUUUUAUUGAAAAGUAAACUGCCAUGGGAUAAUUAUAUUUAGCAAAUUUUAUAAUCUGUAGGAGCUGGCAUAAGUGUUGUACAAACAGGGGAGUUGAUGUUAGAUUUUAGUUAUCAUGAUGUACUUGUAGUUCAUUUCAUGUUGUACUUUUUAAUGUGCAAUUGUAAGGAUGUUUAUGAUGCCCUACAUACAUAGGUCUACAUCAGAGUUUUGUGGUACAAGGGGAUCUGGAUGAGUUUUGGGCCAGUGCUGAUACCUCUUGUAAAAAUAAGAAGUACAUGUUUAGUUUUGAGGAUGCUGUGUUCAUUGUUUAAAAUAGUUUUAAAUUUCAUAAAGUAUUUCAUUUUUUAUCUGAAAAAGCCUAUUUAAUAUUGCAUCAGAGUCUGUAAUUUUUGGUUUUUCAUUUUCAUAUUUUCAAAUUUAGAUGAAAUGUAUGUUUUUCUAUUGUUUAGAAGAAAUCUCUGUCCUCCAUUAUCUUAAAAUCUGUUUGUGUAAUCAUUUGGCAAUAGUAGUUUCAUUUGUAGUGUCUUAACACUCUUGGAAUUGUUCGGUACAGCUCUUAAGGAAGUUAAACUUUUGAAUGCCUGUUCGUAACGAUAAUUCUUAUUAGUUUAACAAAACGUGUGAAUUUGAAAAUAAUAAUAUUUUAGAUAAAAUAUAUUUUAUUUAUUACUUUUCCAGAAAUAGUUGUAUAUAAAGAGAGAAACUACCUUUUACAGAAACAAAGUUGUGAAUUGCCUGUAAUCAUUAAAGAUUUACUGCUAAGUGUUGAACUUUAUCAGGGUUUACCAAAUAACAGUUAUGCAAGAUUCUACUAUCUGCAUGUAUUAAGUUUACAUCUGUAUUAGCGCAGAAAGUACAGUCGGCUGUAGAUCUGACAUUACCAUUGAUAAAUAUGACAAGUAAGAUAUUUUUUCUUUUGAUCCAGAGAAACAAAUAUAUAGAAUUAUAUGAA